UCACUGGGGGGAGAUACCGCCUCACAUUUUUACUGCUUUAUCUUUCUUUUCUUUUUCUUUUUCUUUUUUUUCCACUGAAAGGAUUUUUCUUUUUUUUUCUUUUUUUUUUGCAUCUUCGUCCGACAAACUUUCACCUAUGGUUCACGAAAAUGAAGGCAACUUGUGUUGUUUGUCCGGGGAACAUCCUUCUGCUGCCGCUGCUCCUGCUGUGCUGCGGAGGAUCCACCGGGCUGUAUUUCCCUCAGAGCGAGUACACUGAGACGGUGAAUGUGGGCCUGCCUGCAGGGACGCCCAUUCUCCAGGUUCACUCCCUGCAGGAGAGCCAUGGAGAACGACCCCAUUUCUACCUGUGCUGGGCGAACAUCCCCAGGCUGCCGCCUUACGUCCGCUGGUUCCAGAUGGACGCCAACACGGGGAUCCUCUCCCUGAAUAAAACCCUCGAGGAGAGCGACUUUGCCUUGCUAUAUAAGAACUCGGGAUUUGUUCGGAAGCUGACCCUGAAUGCCAUAGCAUUACCCACCAGGAAGUCUACGAGGAGGUCCCAGUGCAGCGGUCGAAACUCUCUUCGAAUCACGUUGGUCUUCAUCAACGCCACGUUGCCACAUUGUGGUCAUAUGGAGAUAGAGGAGCUCUGUUUCCCUCACAGGGACACCCCGAACCCCCACAUCAUGGAAAACAGGUUCCCCGGGGCUCUACGGCAACUCAGACGUCUCACACGACUCAACGUCUGCCCCAACUACACCAUCUCCCACACUGUGGAAUCAGAUACGCCAGCGCCGUUUGCUGUGAAUGAGAACACUACAGAGCUGGUGGUGACCGCCCCUCUGGACCGGGAGGAGAGGGAGCUCUACAGGCUGAUGCUGGUUUGCACUGUGCUGACAGAAAAGACCGAAAGCAAGCUCGAAACGCCGCUUUUCGUCUUUGUCAACGACGAGGAUGAUAACUCGCCGUAUGUAAAUGGCACAGACAUGGCGGAGAUUACCAUCGACUUCAAUCGUAGCGUGGAGGGAUCGUUUGGCAACUUGUCUGUCUAUGACAGAGACAUAACCCCCAUAUUUCCCAAGGACCAGAGUCAGAAUAAAUAUGUCGGGACUAUGCUCACAAAUGACCCAUGGAUCAAGGAAACGUUUGACAUAAAAGACACCUUCAGGGAAGAGAAGGCCCUCUUUGGCAACAUUCGGGGGACUAUCCAUGAGUAUAGGCUUGUCCUGAAGAGGAACUUGUAUGUGACUGAGAAUCGCACCCUUCAGCUGGACUACCUGGUCAAUGACACCACCUACCCUGGUCCAGAGGGAACAGUGAUGCUGCACUACAACAUCACCAUCUUGCCGGUCCCCAUCCGCUUCACUAACGCCUCCUAUUACUUCACACUGACACGCAGAGCCUCUGUCUAUGCACAGAUUGCUCGAAUCUGUGUGGAAAACUGCCUCAGGUUCCAGGGCAUCAAUGUGGAGUACCGGCUAGAGGUGGCAGAUAAGAACGUGUCUGCCGACUUGCAGUCCUGCUAUGCAGCCGUUAGCAUUGCCCAGAGGCUCGGUGAGAGGUGGGGGCUGCUCUAUGUGAAUGACUCCGAGGCGCUCCGCAGGCCCGAGUGCCAGGACUUGCAGUACUUGAUUAUCGCCCAGGAGGAAGACAAGCAGCUGCAAGCCAGCGCUCAGAUCCUGAUUGCGCUCGAUGGGCAAGGUGACAAGGGUGGUCAGAGAGAGCGGCGUGCUCAGUCCUGUGCUGAGAGCAGACAGCGAGGAGACUGCGAGGCCAUCCGAGGCCUCGGGGCAACCACGGGGAGAUGCCAGUGGAGGCAGGGCACAGAGAAAGGAAUAUCUGAGAAUUACGGUACCUGCUCUCCUGAUCUCCGGACGUGCCCGGAUGGAUUUUGUGAUGCGGUUGAAAGCAAGGAUAUGUCAAUAUGUCCUCAAGAUUGCACUAAGGAAGCCGUCAUCGGCGGUCAUGAAAAAGGCUUGAUGUUUGGAAUUAAGGCCGGAUACGGAACCUGCUACUGCUACUCCGAAAAAUGCUUCUGCGAGAAGGACGAUGUUGAGGAGGCUUUAUGCGAUGACAUGUGCAAGACCAUCAUCGCCACCGCUGUGCUACUGUCCUUCAUCGUCUCUAUCCUCCUAUCCUCGUACUUCAUCCACCGGUACCACAAGAACUCCCCCAAACCCCCCAUAGCCUCCGCCGAGAUGACCUUCCGGCGGCCGGCCCAGUCCUACCCCAUCAGCUACUCCGCCAACAACGUACGGCGCGCCUCGCUGGACUCCAUGGAGAAUCAAGUCGCCAUCGACACCUUCAAAAUACCAGAGGAUCCUAAGUGGGAGUUUCCCCGUAAAAACCUGGUGCUGGGCAAGACCUUAGGAGAAGGAGAGUUUGGGAAAGUUGUCAAGGCCACUGCUUUCCGACUGAAAGGGAAAGCCGGCUACACCACCGUGGCUGUGAAAAUGCUUAAAGAAAAUGCCUCACACAGUGAACUGCGUGACCUGUUGUCAGAAUUCACUUUACUGAAGCAAGUCAACCAUCCACACGUUAUAAAGAUGUACGGAGCCUGCAGCCAGGAUGGCCCAUUAUAUCUGAUUGUGGAAUAUGCCAAAUACGGAUCCCUCCGCAACUUCCUGCGUGAGAGUCGGAAAGUUGGACCGAGCUACAUGGGCAGCGAUGCCAACCGCAACUCCAGCUACCUAGAGAAUCCAGACGAGCGGGCGCUCACCAUGGGCGACCUGAUCUCCUUCGCGUGGCAGAUCUCCAGGGGCAUGCAGUACCUGGCAGAAAUGAAGCUUGUUCACAGAGAUCUUGCUGCGAGAAACGUCCUCGUCGCCGAGGGGCGAAAGAUGAAGAUCUCAGACUUUGGCCUUUCCAGAGAUGUGUAUGAGGAAGACUCCUAUGUGAAGCGGAGCAAGGGCCGAAUCCCUGUUAAAUGGAUGGCAAUAGAAUCCCUAUUUGAUCACAUCUACACAACGCAAAGUGACGUCUGGUCCUUUGGCGUAUUAUUGUGGGAGAUUGUGACUCUGGGAGGAAACCCAUACCCAGGUAUUGCUCCUGAACGCCUCUUUAACCUCCUCAAGACGGGCUACAGGAUGGAGAAACCAGAGAACUGCUCUGAGGAAAUGUAUAGCCUCAUGCUCCGAUGCUGGAAGCAAGAAGCAGACAAGAGGCCCACAUUCUCAGACAUCAGCAAAGAACUGGAAAAAAUGAUGGUGAAAAGUCGGGAUUACCUGGACCUGGCGGCCUCCACGCCGGCCGACGCCCUGCUGUACGAUGACUCCCUCUCUGAAGAGGACACGCCACUAGUGGACUGUAAUAACGCCCCUCUCCCUAGAACACUCCCCUCCACAUGGAUUGAAAACAAGCUCUAUGGCAUGUCAUACCCCAACUGGCCCGAGAAGAGCCCGGUACCGCUCAACAGACAUGAUGCCACUAAUCCAGUCUUUACAAGAUAUGCCAAUGAUAGUGUUUAUGCGAACUGGAUGGCUUUGCCUUCGCCCGCAAAAAUUGUGGACAAGCUUGAUAGCUAAAGACAAAAAAAAGCACUGUAGAAAAUGCUACUAAUUGGUAGAUGUGUAUAUUUCUAUACAAAAACUGUACAUAUAGUAAGACGUGAUGCUAAAGUUGGUUCCCUUUUAUUUCUGUUGCACAGGUGUUCAAAGUUUAAACUGGGGUUCUUUUCUUUUUCUUUUUUUUGCUGCAAAAUGACAGGAAUUACCAUAGACCACGCUUCAUGCAGCUCACUGGUAUAUUAAUCAUUACCUCCAGGUCAUGUUGACCAAAUUGUAUCAUUGCAUGACUAUUGUACAAGGUUGUCUGUCAGUGUUAACGUCUUUUCAAGUGCCUGUGCUGCUUCUACGAUAGCUAAUUAAUGUGUGACUGUGAAGACCUUGUUCCUGUCCAGGAAUUAAAGGGGACGUCUUUAUCAUCACCUGUUGUAGACUUCUGGGAUUGCGUGGACACAAAAAUUAAUGGAGAACGCCGAACUUGCUCUGAAAAUGUAAAGUUUCUACUUGAGAGGGAUCGUGUUCUUCAAAAUGUAGACCCCCCCCCAACACCUGUGUUCCCCCCGUGUAAAGUUUCAAACUACAGUACUUGCCAAAGAAAGAUGACACACACACAUACACAUGUACACAUGCAAACACACACACACACACACACAUGUUCAGGAGAAAUCUUUUUACAUUUCCUUGUCAUUCUUUCUUUCUUUCUUUCUUAUUUUUACACAGAAAAUAUCGAAUAGUGAGUGCUACUCCAGUUUAAGGACUUGACCCAAUAUGGAUUUUGGUCAUGCCCCGUGUCAAACCGAGGGUCGCCGUUUUUGUUUUUUUAUAUUAUUAUUCCUUGUAACGGCAGUCUUUGUCUGAAAAUAUGAUAUGUGUUAUCAUUGUUUUGUUUGGUAUAAUUUGAUUACGGUGCAAUCAAUAAAAGUUUAAAA